GCGCUCUCUUUCCCGCCAUGUCGUUCGUGGAGAGCGGGGGGCGCUCGGCUGCCCUGCGCCGCCGCCCUGGUACCCCGACUCCGUACGCUCAGUCGUUUUCCACCUUUGCUCAAGGGGGCAGUUGGGGUGAGGGUGAAGUCGAGGAAGAGGAAUGCGACCCGGUGGCCCGCGACUUGCGGGCUGAGUUCUCGGCCGGGGCGUCGUCGGAGCCUCGGAAGAACUGGCCGCUCCCGCCUGACGGGGCCGGGUCUCCGCUGCUGCCUGAUAAACGCAACGGCCUUGUCACAGCUGCUGCGGCCGGCCCGGCCCCUGCGAGGGGCUGGCCGGUCCAGGUGCUCUCACUUCUCUGUUCCCUGCUGUUCGCCGUCCUCCUCGCCUUCCUCCUCGCCAUCACCUAUCUGAUCGUAAAAGAAUUGCACACUGAGAAUUUGAAGGAUGAAGAUGGUGUGGACACUGGGGUACUAGGAUUCUGGACUCUACUUAUAUUAUCUCUAACUGCUGGAUUCUCCUGCUGCAGCUUUUCUUGGACAGUGACUUACUUUGAUUCUUUUGAACCAGGAAUGUUUCCUCCUACUCCUCUUUCACCUGCCAGGUUCAAGAAACUGACGGGACAUUCUUUCCACAUGGGAUAUAGCAUGGCAAUUUUGAAUGGCAUUGUAGCUGCUCUUACUAUAGCAUGGUGCCUCAUGUAAACCCACACUGAAAAAAUAUUCUUGGCAGAAUGUAUCUAUGAUUGCUUUGUAAGGGGGAAGAACAUCAUUGUCUACUCAGAAGACUGGAAAAUCAUACUGUUCAUUGUGAUUCAGCUUUGUGUCACAUUGUCAUCAUUAUGGAGGACCUUUUUAAAGCAUUGUUAGGCAUUGGGAAUAUCUGAGUAUUAACUUUCAAAUAAUUUCUUAAAAGUGUAAGAUGUUUACCUCAUCUUUUUACUUUUGUAUACAUUGUCCUUAUAUGUAGUAGAGAACAUUUUAAUGAAAAAUUCAAAAACUUGAAUACAAUGCCUACUUUUGAUGUAUAUACUACACUUUUGCUAAGAUAUACUGAUACUACAUUUAAGUGGAAAUGGAAAUACUUCUUAUUUAUUCAUUAUAUUCAGAAAGAAAACAAUGCCUACUACAUUUUAUAGGAGCUACUUUUAAAUAAGAAUAUUUAGAUUUUAAUAUUCAUAGAAUCAAUAGAAGGUGUGUUUAUAUUUUUUAAUGGGGCAUAGUUCAUUUUGUGUGUUACAUAUUUUCCUACUACAUAUCAAAUUUGUAUGUUUUUAAAAUUGUUAUAUUUAGAUAGGUGUAAAUGUUAUUUUUUAUCUGGUGCAAACCUAAUACCUACCAUUUUUGUUAAGGUUUUU